AUGGCCGCCUUGAACCCACCAAGCGUCGCCGACCUCCUCCUCUUCCAUCGUCACGAACGCGAGUUCUUCAACCGCCUCAUCCACCGCCUAGGCCAACGCCACGUCCCCACUCAAUGGGUCAUGUCUCUCUGGCUCUGGUUCGAAUCCAUCGGCCACCAUGACUUCAUCCGCCGCGUCUCCUCCUCCUCCGACCAACUAGUCCUCCAUUUCCUCGCCGAAGCCAAAGCCUGCCUCCUCCGCCUCAUCUUCAACUCAUCAUCGGACCAGCAAGACGACGAGCACGAACCACUUCUACUUACCAACACUCUCGUGUCCGAACCCAUCGGGCUUCGCUUCUUCGACUAUCACCACCAAGAAGCUCUCCAUGGCGUCCUCUAUUUCCAAAAGAACGUCUCCGAAAUAAUUUUCAACGAUAAUAUUACUGAUCAGAUAGCUGCUCAUCAGGUUCUGUCCAGCGGGCUUCAUAUUAAUUGGCGGCCUUCUGUUCAAUAUAACGUGAGGGAAGAUCACUUUGCUUCCUCAUCGGCAUUAAUGUUGAAUUCGAUGGCGGGGACGUCGUCGGCGCCUGUAACAGACCGGUCGCCGGAGGAACAGAGGUCUAUGUUCAUUACUUUCUCCAGGGGGUAUCCGCUAACCCGAGAUGAAAUUAAGGACUUCUUUAACAUGAGGUUCGGGAGGCCGUGCGUGGAGAUGGUGAUGAUAGAGAAGGCGCCGGUGGGGGUGCCGCCGAUGUACGGACGGGUGGUGUUCACCACCGCAUCGGUGAUAGCAGUGCUGCUCAACGGGCAAAAAACAGCAAAAUUUAUGAUCAAAGGAAGACAUCUAUGGGCGCGCGUGUAUGUGCCCCGCCAUUCUUCUAACUAG